CUGCGCGGUUGGGGGGUGGGGACACUCGAGGACACGCUGCUCUCCUUGGAGUCCAUAAUCAAUGUGGUUCUGGAACAUUUGACAGCCUGUCGCAUGGCCCUGAAGAUCCUGUCGUGUUUCACCUGGACUCCAACAACGUACUGUGGUUGAGCAGCGGGACGGAGGAGGAGAGGAGAUAGAGGAUGAUGAUGCAGAGCGCCCUUACUCGCGGGACUCUCUGGCGGGUGGUGGCCGUGCGCUCGCUCGCAGCGGGUGCUGCCGUCCCCGAGCACCCGGCGGCGUCCAGGUUCUGCGUGCUCCGCUUGUCGCUGCCGCAGCCCGGCAGCCAGAGAUGGGUCUCAGCGACGGCGUCCGGCAGAGCCGCACAUCAGCCGAAGCACCAGCCCCCGGAGGAGGAAGGAGCACAACCCGCGCCUCCGUCACAGGACGCCUGGAAGGGGCAGGCUGAGGCGGAGGCUGCAGAGGUAGACCCGCUGCAGGACAAGUCCAUCAGCCUUUUCACCAGGUUUAAGAGGACCUUUAAACAGUACGGGAAGGUGAUGAUCCCCGUUCACCUGGCAACGUCCACCGUCUGGUUUGGCUCCUUCUAUUAUGCUGCUAUGAAUGGAGUGAAUGUGGUGCCGUUCCUGGAGAUGAUCGGUUUGCCAGAAAUCCUAGUUGGGCCUUUGAGAAAUUCCUCGAGUGGCUAUGCUCUGACCGCCUACGCCAUGUACAAGAUUACGAUGCCAGCUAGAUACGCCGUGACUCUGGGUGGAACCUCGCUGUCCGUCCAGUACCUCCGCAAACACGGCUACAUGUCCACGCCGCCGCCGGUCAAGGACUACUUCCAGGACAGAAUGGAAGAGACGAAGGAGCGAUUCUCAGAGAAGAUGGAGGAAACGAAAGGACUAAUCUCCGGGAAAAUGGGAGAGACUAAAGACAAGCUGUCCGAGAAGCUGCAGGAAACCAAAGACCGGGUGUCGGAGGGGAAAGCGUUUUUUCGAAAGAAAGGCGAUUAGCAGCCUCCACGUGCGCGUGGUGCCUGCUGGGAACUGUCCUCUUUGGAUUCCAUUUGGUCCAGGAGACGAGUGGGGGCGGCCACCACUUCCUCCUUCGCCUGCCUGGAGGUGUGAGACAUUGCACUAUCCCUGUCUUGACACGCGUCAGUUAUCACCUGGUGUCUAUUUGUGUGUCAAAUCGCUCCCUAAUUGUCUGAACCCUCCCACAAUGCACUGCAAAUGUAGAGCAGACGGCAGCUUAGCCGCCCGCUGGCAGCGCUACUUCCCGGCUCUGCCGUCUCAGGCAGGAUUUGCACAGCCUGAACCAGGGCUGAGCCGCCGCUGGGCCGCACAGCAGCCGUCAGUCGUAGCUGAGCGCCCAGGAACCUGGGCUUUAGACGGCACCAGGUGAGCACGCUCUACGAGGCGGGGCGGGGCGGGGCGGGGCGGGGCUGAUCCUUCUGGCUGAACAGGAGAAUAAACUUGAAGCUCAUCGUUAACCUUUUCUUAGUUUGGUAAAGGCUGGAGAUUUCACCUUGUGUCUUUUAAAUUAGCCAGAAAUUGUGUUUUCUAAUGAAUUUUUCUCUGCUAGCCAAAUCUAAUAUAUCACAUUGUUUGUGGUUUCUGCACUAGGUGAGGUGUUGACUGAAAGCUGAGUCAGAAAGGAUUAAAUCAGGCCAUGACCUAAAAGCUCGUCCCACCUGGACAGUCCUGGUCAGACUUACAGGCUGCCAUUAAAUCACAGAACCCAUCUGCAGAUCAAAGGCUUUAGGUUCUUACGUAAUUACAGACUACAAAUUGGAGGAAAAUGUAUAAGGAAUAGUUAUUUGCACUUUUGUACAAUCACAAAACCUAAGAACUUCAAGCUGGUUGCAGUGAAGUGGUGCAAGAAUGAGACAUCGUUGAAAGCAGAAUGCUACAGCGGGGGGGGCACUUCCAAUACGGUCCGAAUUUGGCCAAGCACACAGCUGACCCAGAAAUAAAAAUGUAAAAAAAUGGCGACAAAUUAAAAUCAGCACAUUAACCACAUCUUUGACUUCAAGGUACAAAGGAUCACAUCAUCCUACAUGUUUGAGAAAGAUUGACUCAUAUUUUGUUCUUUAUGUCGAAAACAGAGUAAAAGCCUAAAAACUAGAAAAGCCUCGACCCAAAAACUCUGGAAAAUUCUUUCUUUUGAUAAUGCAAAUCUAUUUACAUUUACAGGUCCCAUUUCUACAAAGAUAUGACUGUUUUAUUAACUUAUCGCGUGUAAUUUACCAAUAAUGAUUAUGCAAAUUAUUUUUGUAAAAUAAAAUGUGAUUGUAAAUUUCAAUGAACUUCCUGAUUUCAGCCCAUGUGGCAACAAUAUCUAGCUGCUGCUGCUGCUGUGCCAAGUGUCUGACCAGGACUGGGAACAUGCAGUGGGGGUGGGGGG